AGAGCAGAUUUUAAUGUUGGUAGAAGUGAACCGAUCUAAAUCUGUCAUUUAUGUCACAAAUGGAUCAUGGCUGCUAAGAAUAUAGCCAGUUAUUUGUUUAUUGUUUUAAUUAUACAUCAAGCUACAGGAGAGGUUCAAAGACAACCAGAACUGAGGGAAGAUUCAGAAGAUGAUUAUGACCUAAUUAAUAUAAAUGAUCCUGGUGAACCUCCUCCUCCUGAUCUCAUUACUAAACAACAUAAUCCAAAUUCCUUACAAAAUACAAAUGUUAAACGUUAUAAGUGCCACUCUUGUGAACCACCAGAUUGUUCUAAACCCACCAUUUGCCAAAAUGCUGUUCAGUGCUGGAAGUCCCGUGUUAGGGAAAGUAAUGGAGAAGAAAGUAUUACAAGAGGGUGUACUGUCUUGCAAGAACAGCUUCCUCUUUAUUGUAGAGCUGGUUCGAUAACAGUCCAACACAAACGACACGCAAGUGGGCAAUUCAAAAUAGAUUGUUGUAUAGGAGAUUUUUGCAAUGACGGAGAGUUUCCUGAAUUACCUCCAGUGGUUGAAGGAAGUAAUCAAUAUAAAGAAUCAGUAUUUUACGGACUGAAAAUAUUUGCGGCUAUUUUGGGACCUUUGGUCUUGUUUGGUACUAUUGGUAUUAUUAUUCUUUAUUUUAUGAGAAGAUAUUAUAGAAACAGAAUGUGUAAUGAAAAUAGAGAUGACCCAGACACAUAUUAUGCUACCGAUGAACUAUUGAGAGCUACAGCUGCUGGAGAUAGUACUUUAAGAGAAUAUUUAGAACAAUCCAUGACAUCUGGAAGUGGUUCAGGUUUACCACUCUUAAUACAAAGAACCUUGGCUAAACAGAUAUCAUUAGUGGAGUGUAUCGGUAAAGGGAGAUAUGGAGAAGUGUGGAAAGGAUUGUGGCAUGGAGAAAAUAUUGCUGUUAAAAUAUUUUUCUCAAGAGAUGAAGCGAGUUGGUCUAGAGAAACAGAAAUUUAUAGCACAAUACUACUUCGACAUGAGAACAUAUUAGGUUACAUAGGAUCUGAUAUGACAUCACGCAAUUCGUGUACUCAAUUAUGGCUCAUUACACACUAUCAUUCUUUAGGUAGUCUCUAUGAUUAUCUUAAUCAUACUUCUUUAUCUCAUCAGCAACUAAUGAGGCUGUGUCUAUCUGUAGCUAAUGGUCUUGUACAUUUACAUACCGAAAUAUUUGGAACACAGGGAAAACCAGCAAUAGCACAUAGAGACAUUAAAAGCAAAAAUAUAUUAGUGAAAAACAAUGGUACCUGUUGCCUAGCCGAUUUUGGGUUAGCCGUAACUCACUUCCAAUCCACCGAUGAAUUAGAUAUUGGAUCUAAUCCGAGAGUUGGAACAAAACGAUAUAUGAGUCCCGAGGUUCUUGACGAGACGAUACGAAUGGAUCAUUUCGAUUCGUUUAGGAGAGCAGAUGUUUAUGCUCUGGGAUUAGUGUUUUGGGAGAUGUGUAGGAGGACAAUCAGUAAUGGCAUUGCCGAAGAUUAUAAACCACCUUUUUAUGACGUUGUACCUAGUGAUCCAAGUUUUGAAGAUAUGAGAAAAGUUGUGUGUGUUGAUUGCCAACGUCCUAAUUUACCCAACAGAUGGGCCAGUGAUACGUUACUAGCUGGGAUGUCGAAACUUAUGAAAGAAUGUUGGCAUCAGAAUCCUAACGUCAGACUUCCGGCACUUAGAAUAAAGAAGACAUUAUUAAAAUUAGCGAGCGCAGAUGAUACUGUCAUCAAAAUGGAAGAUAUGGAAAUUUGUGUUUGAGUAAGGUAUUUUAACAAAGAGCAAUUUGUUGGUAAAAAAUACAUUUUUUAGAUUAGAAUACAAUUAUAGGAAUGAACUGAUAGAAGUUUUGUAAUGAUUAAGAUUUUUAUUUUUUCCCAUCAUAAUUUCAUGAACUGAGUAGUAAUAGUUAGAAUUAACGGUCUUAUUUAACAAUUUAAACUAUCUUUGAUUCUUUCCUAUAAUUGUUUGUUAAACCAGAGCAAAAGCCAUCGAAAAUAAUAAAAAGCGAAAAAAAAUAUGGUAGGAUAAAACCUAUUAGACAGAGAAUAUAAAAAAAAUGAAGGGAAAAUAAAUCACAGACAAUCUGAGUUCGGGUUGUGGGUGGGGGUGAGCUUUUAAGGUAAAAAUAUUUAUUUUUUGUUUGUUUAAAUUUACACUUUAAUUACUCAAAAAAUGUUACAAGGAUUAAAAUGUACAAAUAUAUGCUCAAACUGUCAUGGUUCUGCAAAAUGAUCCAAUGUAAAAGACAAAAACUAAGAGGGAGUUGGUGAUUCAGAUGAAAGUCUGGAUGAAGUACCAACGCAAACUAAAAAUAAUAGCGGAAUCUAAAGAUUAAGAAACGCCAUCGAAGAGACAAAAACUUAUGGAUAAGUAAUUACAAUUCAAGAUAAGAUAAUUAUAAAUAACAAGUUUAUUGGAUUUAAAAAUAUUAUAAUGCAUAACAUAAUCAGUAUAAAGUAUGUAAAUUCAACAGUACGAGUUACAUUUAUGAGAUUUUCGAUGACAUAAAUAUAAUAAGAAUUUAAUAAAUUAACUAUUUUAUUAAAAGCACAGUCGCAAUCUUACAUGAAAUUGUCCAUAAUGACGAAAAAGAUAUUUAAGAUUCGAGCUUUUUUGGUUAUUUUGCAUUUUCUAAAAAAUUUUCCAUAGUAUUGUAUAUUUUUUUAUACCAUCAGAAAGUAGGGAUUUCAACAAACAAAAACCCACCACCUUUAAAAAAAAUAAAAAAAGGGUGAAAAAUAAAUAUUUUAAAUCAGAACACUUACAGUAUGUUUAAAACAGAACACUUACAGUAUGUUUAAAACAACGGUAAGUUUUUAACAUAUUUCGUAAAAAAAAUUGUUUUAAAAGAUAAAACAUGAGUAAAAACCAAAAACAAUAUAGUUGUAGAUCUUUUGAUUCUUUACAACUCUACCAUUCAUUUUCUGUAGAACUCUAGUUUUGGCAGAAAUAAAAAAAAACAUUUUUUACCCAGAAAAACUCGUCCCCACCCACUACCCAAACCUCUAAUAAGUUUCAUUCUACUAUAAUUUUUUUCAGUUACAAAAAUUAUCGACCCUGGUCUAUGUAGCAUUGUAGAAUCUACAAUUCUAAAAGGUUUGUUGUGAUAUGGAACAAAUGAUUUCCAUAUUUUUACAGUGGUCAUGAUUUUUAUUAGUAAAUUAUACUAGAACUGAACGAUAUUAUUUUUAUUUUGAAUUUUAGACUAAUGUAAAAGUUGAAAACGGUGAAAAUAGAGAUAUAAUUCAAGAAAUACGCGCGGUAGAUCAUCAGAUUCAGAAUUAUGUCUAUAUAAAUGUAAAGUCGGAUGGGUGGAAGUCUUCCAUCACAUGACUAAUACGUCAUCAAUAAUAUUCAUAUGAAUAAAAUCAUAAUUUUUGACAAUUCAGUAGAAAUAAUCUUUAUGACUAAUAUUCCAAAAGUCGGCCUUUUACGAAUUGGUAGAUGAAAAAGAAAUUAAACGCACCAGUUUAAUUAAUCUAAAUAUUUACAAUAUAAACACAAACUAAAACUAAGUUACAUUGGGAUAAUAAUGAACACCUACAAAUUAAUCGAAUAUGACCUUAACAUAACCUUAAUUUGCCGUAUUUUUUCCAUAAAAGUUUGUUUUUGCUGGAAAUGCAUAAAUAAGCUAAGCUCAUACCUCAAAAUUGAAACAAAACAAAAAAAAAUCAGUAAAAGAGAAUAAACGCAUAUGGGUUAACCCUAAUACCGCGUAGGCCCUCCUCUACCUCUUAUCACUGCAUUCAUGCGUCGCGGCAUGCUUGAUAUCAAAUGUUCAACAAAAGCUUGGGGUAAAUUCUCACAUUUUUCAAUAGCGACCUCUAUGAGUUGGUUGUGAUUAGAAACAGAGAGACUCUGGCUUCGAAUCCUUUUUCUAAGAUAGUCACAUAGAUGUUCUAUUAGGUAGCCAUUCUAAUAAAGGGAUAUUCACAUCAUGUAAGUAUCCAAUAACCUGUCCAGCCACGUGAAGACGGGCGUUGUCCUGCUUGCAUAAAAAAUUCGGUUCAACGAACGGAGCAAAAGGCAUUACAUAUUCGACAAUAAUGUUGCCUAAGUAAUAUUGGGCAUACGUAGACCUCGUACGUAUAGGGACCAAUUCCGUAAGAGCAUCGAAGCAAAUUCUUUCCAAACCAUUUUGUGCCUUUUGGUGGUGGCUAUAAAAGUUUCAUCGGAGAACAGAACCCGUUUGCAAUUAUUGAUUUAAUCUUUCAUUUCCGAACUUUAUGUUCACUGGUAAUCAAGAGUUUUUUUAGCUGGUCUUCUGCUCCAUGUAAACGUCUUCUAACCGUUAGAGACGAUAUUUCAAACAUUUGAUAAUUCAUUUCAUAAUUCAUCCUGGUCUUCGAUGGUACGAACGUAUCGACGAGUGGAGGGGACAGGAGUGCUAGCAAUCCACACUCUCCAUUUAUUAUGUAUUCAUCCCGUCAAGUUGACUUAUCCGAAAAAUCGAUAGGGACGUGAGCGCACCGUUCACAUUAUCGCACUCGCGUUCUCUUUUGUAGAGAGUGUGGAUCGGGCAUAUAAUCCAGCUUCGAGAUAAACAUUUGUUGAUCGUGACUUGAUAUUUAGGGUCAUACUUUUGAAAAAAAAAGCUCCCGACUUAGAAAGAUUUUGUAAUCUUUGCAUAUUCCGAUUAAGAUUACUUGAAAGGUUGAUGUGAUUAUACUCUUAUAGGUGGUUUUAAAUUCCAUGGUAUGCAUUACUUGAAAAUCCAGCUCUCAAAAGAGCUACUACGACCUCCUUGGUAAUAUAAAAAUAGAAUAGGAUUGCUUCUAUUCUAUUAAUAUUAUCCUUGAUUGAUGUUAAGGAAAUAUCAUAAUGCAUGUUUUGUUAACCAUCAUUUGCCAUCCGUAGAUAAAAAUUGUUACCUUGCCAACUACCUUAUCAUGUAAAUGUAUGGAAUAAGACUAACAACUUUUCCGAUUAAGAGCUUGAUUCCACUUGACCCCACUUUCUUUCCGCUUUUGACAUUAUUUGACAAUUCACUUGCGGUCUACCGUGACGUGUUUUAUAAGGUAAUACUGAAUAACAUAACAAAACCAAAGGAGAUCUAUUUCUUUAAUUUGAUUUUUUAUCAGUUUCAUAUUAAGGGUCGUUAUGAUGUUUUGGUUAUGGAUUCUAUCUGUGGUUUUCACUUCAGAAGGUGUCAGUCCUGUACGUUGAGGUGGUUAAUAGACCUUGAGCGUAAACGUUGAGCUCUGCCGUUUUGCUGACUUCUGUUUUGGAUAUAAAUCCUCUAAUUAUGGCAUGGUGAAGCUUUCUGAUAGAACUAGCUGUAUAGUUGAGGAAAUAUCUACAACAGAAUAAAUAAUUGAAAGGUAUGCUUGGUGUAAGACAAUUUUUCCACCAUAGAAAUUAAAUAUUUUUUCAAAAUUCAAAUAAUGCCCUAGAAUGCAGGCUAAUCUCGCUACAAUGAGAAACAAAAUGAUCAAAGUGAAAUUAAAAUAGUAAAUCUAUUAAUUAGAAAAAUUUUAUAAAACUUGUUCCUGAUAAAUUAUUUGCCGAUGUUAGAUGAAUAUAUUUCAAAAUAUUUUUUAUUUUUUAAUGACGUUAUUUGUACUAAGUAAUUUUAAACAUUUUUUUACUUGCUCUAAAAAUUAUAUGUCUACUUGUACUCACUCCAUAUGGGUUUAUUAUUAAAAUUAUGGAAAGUUAUUCUUCUUAAAAAGUUCUGCAUAGUGUAAUACUUCAAAUACAGCAUCACUUAUCAAUAUUGUUCAGUCGUGUACAUGUAUUUUUAAAAAUAUGAAUUAUGUUGUUUCUACGUUCAUUUUUAAUAAUAUAGAAAAUUGUUAUAUAUAUAUAUAUAUAUAUAUAUAUAUAUAUAUAUAUAUAUAUAUAUAUAUAUCAAAAAGGAAACAAGUAACUCAUUUUUUUAUCAAAUAUUUGAUAAGCUCAAUCACAAUUUAACAUGAAUAAAUAUGCAUUAUGUUGUAUAUUUUACUGAAAUAGUGUCCCAAUUAUAUAAAGAAUUCUUUUUUUAGGAUGCUACUCUCAUAUUUCAUUAUAAUUUACAAUUGUAAAUAUAUUUUAAUGAUUACUACUUUUGUUUCUAUAAAAAUUGAAGUUACUCCACUUUUGAGCAAAAAACGAAUUUUUUAACAUACAUAUGACUGAAAAAUUUUAAUGAUUACAACUUUUGUUUUACAUAAUGCAAAACUUUUUUUUAAUUAAUAAUAAUAUAUUUCCCAUAUACUGCAAAUUAAAGUGGAUGUAUUGUAUAUUCUCUACUGACAAUCAAUAUUUAGACUAUAUGUGGGUUAUUAAUUUUUUUAUUCUCAUAGUUUUCAUUUUUUUGUGUUAUAAGCUGAGAAAAACAAGUAAUGAAUUUUACAAAUUAAUUAUAAUUCAAUGUGCCAAACUAUUGAAUAUGUUCUAAUAUGACUAGUAUGUCGAAUUUAACUUAGCUCUAAGGAUUUAAUUUAGUUUACUGAUUGUCGUUAAUGCCUUAGUGCCAUUUUCACUUUAUUAAUACGUUUUUAUACUCAUUAUUGUUAACGUUUUAGAAGUAACAAAGUAAUACUUUAAAUUGUAAAAUAAUUAUAUAGGUUUCUCUUAUAUAUAAAAAAUGUUUCCCAAAGUUGUAUGAUCAAUACUUUCUAAGAUGUAGCAGGUGUUUUCUCUUAAUCAGAUACUCAAUUCACUUAUCCCCUCAUUUACACUGAAAAUAGGUUCACGGCAAAACCAUGUAAAGUCAAAUUUCUAAUUUAGUCAUUUAUUUAAGUAAAGAUUUUUUAAAAAUCCACCUAUUGAACUCAUUAUAGAUUAGAAUCAAAGAAAUAUUCAAGAAACUUAAUGUGUAAUGAGUUAUUGGUUGUUAUCAGUCUUUUUCCUGAUUUUCAUGAUGUCACUUUCAUUGUUUGAACAUUUCUGAUGCUGAAUUUCUGGAACUGUUGUUAAUAUUCAUACUAAACACACUAUUUACUAAUGGCUUAUCUUUAACUUACCACCAGAUAUAGUAAAAUGUAACAGCCAAAAAUACUAACUGAUCCUCAAAAUUAAAGCUACAUUUUAAUGUGAAAUUAUAAACAAGGUUUUCACAUCUUACCAUCCUUUUAAAGCAAAUGAUCCCAAACAAAUCAUUGUUAACCCAUUAAAUAGUUAAUGAACACCAAAUUUUAAAAAUUUUUUUCCCAAACAUAGUAAACAAACUCCUAAAGUCUAACCUUUUAUUAUUAUAAGCUUUUUAUGUCUCUAAAUUAAUUAACCAGUACCAAAAAAUGAUUUUCUUUAGCGUUUAUUCAACCAAAGGUUAAGAAAUAAAACUCUUACAAUUUCAAUUAUCCUUUAUUCAAAACAAAUGUAAAAGUCAGUCCUGUAAAACUAAUAAUAAACAUUUUAAAAAUCUUGAGAAGAAUCAGUCUUCUGUAAUAAUUUACUGCACAAUUGAUGCUUUUUUUAGUGUAGGCUGGAAGUCUUCUUUUGCGUUUCAUGCCAAUAGGAAUAGCUAUACUUAAAUAGUUGCUUUGACUUGUAUUCCAACCCUCGAAGUUUUUUAUUUACAUCCAAAUAUCGGUGGUUUUUUUUAUUGUUUUACUUUCCACCUAGAGAUAUUCUAUUAAACUCCGUUUUUCUAGUUCUGGUAUAACAAUUUCUAUGACAGAAAUUAAAUUGAAUAGUAUAUUUUAUCACUUUUAUUGUCAUAAUCUGGAAACCCGAGAACUUCUGUCAGUUCUGAUACUUUUCCGCAUAGUUUGAGGAGAAAUUUUUGUAUGUUUUAUAAUAAUGAAGAAAACGGUUUUUAUACAUCCGGUUUUUGUGUUUAGUAUACUUUGUUACUUUAAACAGUAUAUAGAGAAUAUGUUGAAUUUUAGAAACUUAUUAUAUUUAAAUGGUUAGGUUAGUUCUGGUCUAGAAGCUUAAAUUUUAGGCAUUUUUGAAACUAAUGUAAAAAAUUGAACCCUGGUUGACAUGUUUACAGUCCUUAUAGUAAUCUGGAACAAAAAUUUUGGAAAAUUCUCAAUCUGUAAAGAUGUUGCUAUCACAUUAACCUUUGCCAAAAAAAUUACCAAAUGAUGUCGACAUUUUAAUUUUUUUGCCUCUUUUUUGAUCAUUUUAAAUUUUUUAAAAAUACUCCAAAUUGAAAUUUUUUGAAAUGCGCAUAAGAGAGAUAUAUAAAAAAGAUUUCCACCAAAUUUCAAAGGAAUAGAACUUGAGAUAUCACGUCAACCACUUCAAAAAAAGUUGUUUGAGAAAUAAUUCUAGUAGAAUAACUCGUUCCACUUGCCGGCCCAGACGCUACGUUACAAAAUUUACUGUAUCUCCAGAAAUAAUGCGAGUUUUUUAAAAUCCAUUUAAGGACAUAUUUUUAAGGGUCUAAGCUUUGAAAACAGUCUAAGUUCUAGACCAGAAUACACCCUUAAUACUUGUUUAACGUGUUUCGACAUAUCUUGUGUUGCUUUAAAUAUUCAGGUUUUUCUUUUGUAUAAAGUUUUAUAAAAGAGUUCAGUAAUAGUUGAUAAUCAUCCCUUACAAAAUGAAUCAGAUUGCUCUUUCUUUACAAAAAAAAAAUGUGAAUGUAACUAAAUUUUUGAUAUAAUUUAAGUGUGUUGAACACCAAGGUGUUUGUUAUCUGAUAUUAGGGACCUCAAGCUAUCCGAUAUUAGGAGCCGCCAUGUGCACGAAAUGAACACGAUAUUACUUCAAAAAUGCCAUCUAGAAUAGAAUAAACUAGGCCUGGUUUGAAACUAACACUUUUUCUCCAAAUGUUACAUAUUAUAAAAGUUCAAAAACUAUUACGUUUGAUGGUGAUAGUAUCCAAAACAAAACAACAGUGCAAAACCUGUGAACAAACAAAAACUUUCUCAAAAUUCUAACAACAACAGAAGCAAUAGAAACACAUCGGCUAUUGCACUGUGUCGGAAGCUAGGGCUUCAAGCUUACAUGAUCGCCGCUGGGCUGCAGCACUUACUAGAGCCAGUAUCUAGGCGCCUAUACCAUAAUCGGCUACAUCCACCUAUUCUAGGGUUAUAUACAUUUUAUUCUCUUAGCUCGUUUUGAAUUCAAAUACUUAUAAUUUUAGACGUUCAUAAAUCGUUCGUGGAAGAAUGUAUAUUCAGAAUACUUUCGGAAUGUAUUCAAAUUAUCUACCGCGAACAAUGCUGUUACAAAGAAUAAAGCAAAGGAUACAUUUAUUUCGAACACGUGCCGUGUUAACACAUGUCAAUACGACACGUCAGAAUACCACACAUCAGAUAGGCCGGACAUAUAUCUGUGUUGUAAAACGUGUGUACCAACUGACAUUUUGAUGUUUUUAAUUGGUAAAGUAGUAUCCUCGACCUUCACGUUCACACAACACACAUUCAAAAUCCUCCGAAUCUCAUAAUGUAAUGGAACGCCUACAAGAAGAGAUGGAUAGAUUGGAUGAAGAAGAGGAAAUGGUUGGGGUUACUACAGCAUUGCUUGUGCUACAAUAUUUGUAAAAUUGAUUAAUGUAUUGGAAAAGGAACUUUCUGACAACUCUUUCAGAAUCAUUCGAGUAGGUAGUUAUCGAGGACAGAGCUGGUGAAGGUUGCGGCAUUGUUACAGUUACAACUGGUGGUAUGUUUCUCAAUUCUGCUUCAAACACUAAGUUACUUAUGCCAAUUUUGAGACGAACUUGUUUAUUGUAGGGAAGUUUUUUUCCAGUUUUAGCUAAACCUCAGAAAAUGAGGUUAUUUGAUUUCAUUAUAUCCACUAAGUCACUCAUUGAUUUCUUGUUUUUUUGCCUGAAGAUGGUCUAGAAAAAGAAUCAACAUUUGGUGUAUCAAGAUCGUUUUGUAUUAUUUAUACUUAAGGAAGCGAAUUACGAGAUUUGCUCGUUGCAUGAUCUUCAUCUCCAUCGUUUCAGUAAUAAUAGUCAUACAUCUGUCUUCACUUCGACUUUCUACGUUACUAUGUGAUGGUCUCGGCUCAAUAUGGAGUGCCAAAAAAGACAUUUCAUUUUCGAAUGUCUAAACUCGGCACAGGUGGUGAAUAUAACCUACAACACUUUGUAACUCUUCUGAUGAAAAUCUGACAAACGUAGAUAUUGAAAACACGCGUUAUAACGUGUUAAAGCGUGUUCUCGGUAGAUGUGUAUAAAAUAACGUAAUAGAUAUUUAUGUAUCACGUGUUAAUGCGUGUUAACACGACACGUGUCAUUAGCUUAAACAGUGAAUUCAAUUCAUGUGAAAUAGAUAGAAAAUCCCAAAUAAUCACUGCGAGAAAACACCUUUAUUGCAGGAUAUUUUGACACAAUGAGAAAUAAUAUGUAUUUGAAGAAACCUAACUCUGAAAACAUUUUAAUUAAUAUAUUAUUUCUAUACUCCAUUUAUUUAUAUUCGUAUGAUAAUAUUCUUACUUUUAAUUUGUUUGUAAUUAAAAGAGGAAUCUGGUUCGUUUUAUAAUCAAUCAUAGUAUAUUGUAACUCAGUACCUUUGUAAAUAUUAUGUUGUAUAUAAUGUGUACAUCAUAACGUAAAUAUCUCGAUAUCAUAUCUGUUUUCGAACUGCUCAAAUUAGACGAGCUUUUUUCGUGUAAGUUAAGCAGUUUAUUUAAUAUUUCUUUUAUAAUUGAUUCAUAUCAAAUCAGUAAAUAAUUAUGAAAAUACUCAAUACAUACUCAGUGUUAUCAUAAUCAGUAUUUUGUUGUAUUCGUUAGGUUUAAAUAGAAAAACAUAUGUUAACAUUUUGUAUAUACGUUCAUGUCAUCAAAUGGGAUAUUCCUUGAGCAAUAUAUUUAGUUUCGAAAUUA